CCCUCCCUCCCCAGGGAACCAUGGCAGAGAAGAUCCUGGUGACCGGUGGCGCUGGCUACAUCGGCAGCCACUGUGUGCUGGAGCUGGUGCAGGCUGGCUACGUCCCCGUGGUCAUAGACAACUUCCACAACGCCAUCCGAGGGGCAGAUGCGCUCCCCGAGAGCCUGCGGCGCGUGCAGCAGCUCCUGCGCCAGCCCAUCCUCUUCCAGGAGAUGGACAUCACCGAUGGGGCAGCGCUGCAGGAGCUCUUCAGCAAGCACCGCUUCUCGGCCGUGAUGCACUUUGCGGGGCUGAAGGCAGUGGGAGAGUCAGUGCAGAAGCCCCUGGAGUACUACAGAGUGAACCUCACCGGGACCAUCCGGCUGCUGGAGGCCAUGAAAGCCCACGGCGUGAGGAACCUGGUGUUCAGCAGCUCUGCCACCGUCUACGGAGACCCCAGGUACCUGCCCCUGGAUGAGAAGCACCCAGCUGGAGGCUGCACCAACCCCUAUGGCAAAUCCAAGUACUUCAUCGAGGAGAUGAUUCGAGAUCUCUGCACAGCAGAGAAGGACUGGAACGCCAUUCUCCUGCGCUAUUUCAACCCCAUUGGUGCCCAUGAAUCAGGCCUGAUUGGGGAAGAUCCUCAAGGGAUUCCCAACAACCUCAUGCCCUACGUGGCGCAGGUGGCUGUGGGGCGCCGGGAGUUCCUGAACGUAUUUGGGAAUGACUACAGUACAGAUGAUGGAACGGGCGUCAGGGAUUACAUCCACGUGGUGGACUUGGCCAAGGGCCACAUCGCUGCUUUGAAGAAGCUCAAGGAGAACUGCGGCUGCAAGAUCUACAAUCUGGGCACAGGCACCGGCUACUCUGUCCUGCAGAUGGUCCAGGCCAUGGAGAGAGCCUCAGGGAGGGAGAUCAGGUACAGGAUCACAGCCCGGCGUGAAGGGGAUGUGGCCUCCUGCUAUGCUGACCCCACGCUGGCUGAGCGCGAGCUGGGCUGGAAAGCUGCCUUUGGCCUGGACAAGAUGUGUGAGGACCUGUGGCGGUGGCAGCUGCAGAAUCCCACAGGCUUCAGCAAGAACUGAGCCAUGGCCCCGGGGCUGCUCCCC